UUAUUAAGUGUGCUGAACUUAAGGAACAUGAAGGUGCUAGCGGUCCUACUUUUGGGGGUGAUUGCCUCCGCCACGGCGUUCGAGAAGCCGGUUUUCUGGAAGGAUGUGCCCGUGGGCAAGGCCUCGAUCGAAGGUAGGAUCACCAUGGGAUAUCCUGCCUACGAAGGCAAGGUGCCCUACAUUGUCGGUUUGGGCUUCAGCAAGAACGGUGGAGGCACCUGGUGCGGCGGUUCCAUUAUCGGCAACACCUGGGUGAUGACCGCCAAGCAUUGUACCGAUGGCAUGGAAUCGGUGACCAUCUACUACGGAGCCCUCUGGCGCCUGCAGGCACAGUACACCCACUGGGUGGGACGUAGCGACUUCAUUGAGCACGGAUCUGGAGACAUCUCCCUCAUUCGCACUCCCCACGUAGACUUCUGGUCGCUGGUCAACAAGGUGGAGCUCCCCAGGUACGACGAUCGCUACAACAACUACCAAGGCUGGUGGGCUCUGGUCUCCGGAUGGGGCAAGACCUCCGAUGAGGGCGGUGUCUCCGAGUACCUGAACUGCGUCGAUGUCCAGAUUGGCGAAAACUCCGUGUGCGAGAACUACUACGGCAGCUUCUCCGGCGACCUAAUCUGCAUCCCCACUCCCGAGAACAAGGGCACCUGCAGCGGCGACUCCGGUGGCCCACUGGUCAUCCACGACGGCAACCGCCAGGUGGGCAUUGUGUCCUUCGGCUCCUCCGCCGGCUGCCUCUCCAACGGUCCCAAGGGUAUGGUGCGCGUCACCAGCUACCUGGACUGGAUCCGCGACAACACUGGCAUCUCUUAUUAAAAAGAUGUUUUAAUAAAAUAAUGAAAAUAUAUUGCAACCUCCUGAAAGUGUGAUCUUAAUAGAUAAGCUAUGAUAAGCUUAGAUUUGAGCGCCUAAUUAAGGGUCAUGUUAAAUGCAGUAUUAGUUGUUAUCUGU